AUGAGCACACCAACCACUAUUCUCAACAACGGCGUUGUGAUGCCGCUAGUCGGCCUCGGAACAUGGCAAUCCAAGCCCAAUGAGGUUGCCCUUGCCGUCGAGCACGCGCUGAAAAACGGAUACAAGCACAUUGACACCGCCGCCAUCUACGGAAACGAAGCUGAGGUUGGAGAGGGUAUCAGUAAAAGCGGUGUUCCAAGAGAAGACAUCUUUGUGACCACCAAACUAUGGAACUCCCACCACGCGCCAGAGGACGUGCUGCCGGCAUUGGAGGAGAGUUUGAAAAAACUGCAGUUGGACUACGUCGACCUCUACCUGAUGCACUAUCCGCUGGCGUGCGACAAGGCCGCCUUUCUGGAGUCGUUUGCGUCUAAUCCCGUUGACAUCGACUAUGUGGACACUUGGAAAGCCAUGGAGAAGCUUCUGGACACGGGCAAGGUUCGGGCGAUUGGUAUCUCAAAUUUCUGCUUGAGCGAGACCAAACGGCUGCUGGAAAGCUGCACGAUCAAGCCCCAGGUCCACCAGAUGGAAAUGCACCCAUACCUCAAGCAGGACAAGUUUUUGGAGUUCCACAAGGAGAACGAUAUCCACGUGACUGCUUACUCUGCGUUUGGUAACCAGAACUCGACGUACGAAGUGGGUGAGGAACCUAAAAUCCUCGAACACCCAACGGUGGUCGCCAUCGCUGAAAAGCUGGGAAAGACUCCGGCACAGGUUUUGGUUGCGUGGGCGGUGCAGAGAGGCACGUCUGUGAUCCCCAAGAGUGUCACUCCCAAGCGGAUCGACGAAAAUCUGGGCGGCCAGUCUGUGGAACUGUCGCCAGAGGACUUUUCCGCAAUUUCUGACCUCGGCUUCCAAAAACGGUACUCCGACUUUGGCCCGCUAGUUGGGUAUUGGUACUACAGAGACCUGGAGUGUCCGGGGAAAAAGCCAUGA